AUGGAAGAACAUCACUUCAGCAACAGACAGCUGGAGACACCUCCGGCAUCGCCACUGCCAGAAGGAGUGGAGGAAGCGUUUGGGUCAGAACAAGAAGAGUUCGAACAAGAGGAGGUGGAAUACGAGCAGCAUGCAUGCGAGCAAGAGGAAUAUGAGGAGGAGGGAUACCAGGGGGAGGAAGAGGACGACAGAACGACCGCCUAUGAGGAGGAAUACGAAGAAGGGGAGGAGGAGGAGGGUCUAUACAAUUGGGGGGACGACUUGGAAUUGACUCUGCCUGCACUCUACUACCACAACCAUGCACCGUGCCGCGACUUCUCUGACGAGCCUGUCUGGAACCAGACAGAACCCAUACCCAUGCCUGUCGAGGAGCAGGAGGAGGACCGGAGGUGGAUGGAAUACCACCAAAAGAACCUACAGGACAUGGACCGGAAAAUGGAGGACAAGCUCAUGCACUAUGUCGCUCUCGCUGAAAAACAGCCACGCUAUCCUCAAGAACCGCUAAGGGUGUCAAUGGUCCACGUCGAUUCUGGACACCCCAGCACGAGCCAGCCAGGAGGGCACGGCGAGGUUAAUAGCAGCAGUGGCUCUCAGAACCUCCCUCCGUCGGCGUAUAUCAGCGACUCAGAGAAACCAUUUCCGUGGUCUGAUGAUGAGGUAGAGGCAGAAGAGUCUGCAGAGGAGCAGGGCAGGGCGAUGUCCAGUAUCGAACGAUCUCUCAGGGCGCAGGCUGUCACGGCCCUCCAUAACCCAUCCGCCAUGCUACUGCAUUCAGUCUCCAUGAACGAGCCGCAGCCGCCCCACGAGUAUGCGCCGGAAUCCGUCAAGCAGGCCUAUGGAGAAUCAGGAGGCAAACCUCUCGAUGACCACAGUCACCACCUUCACCACCACUAUACCGAUACUCACGCCUCCUCUUCCUCUUCCUCGUCACACACUGCGGCAGCGUCGGAGCACUAUCAACACCACAACCAUCACAGCCACGGCCAUCAUCAUCACCACCACCACAUGGACUCGUCGUCGAGUCAUGUUGAUGAUGAUGUCCCCAUGGAUGACGAGUUUGGUCCGACCUACUUUCAAGGAGCCCUCAAUGAUUGA